GCACUUUGGUCGCGUGCACGUGCGCGGCGGCGGUGAUUGAAGUGGCUCGCGCUUUGUCGGGGAGGAAACUUCAAGCAGCGCGUGCAGCUUGGGGAGAUUCUUUUUUGUGCGCGCGCGUUAAAGUUUUUGAUGUUGUUUUUUGUUUUUCCCUAAAAAAAGAAAAAAGAAAACGAACAGCUUUUAUCUGAGAGGAUCUGAAACCGGGACAUGUCUGAGCUGGAGUGAUGGACACCAGACCUCCAGUUUUACUCACUUGAGAUCUAAAGGACUCCACACAGGAUGUGGAUCAGGAAAGUACGAGUGUAGAACCUUCACACACGUUUAUAUCAGCUCUGUGUGAGAGAUGGGCUCCAGUCUGACGUGUGUCGGUGUAGUGUGGGCUCUGAUCUCACUGCUGAGUGCCGCUGCCUGCUGUGUGGGAUUCUUCAUGCCUUACUGGCUCCUGGGCUCUCAGAUGGGGAAGCCAGUAUCGUUUGGGACGUUCCGGCGCUGCUCGUACCCAGUGCGAGAUGAGGUCCAUGGCAGCACAGUGAUGAUGGAGCAUUGUGGACGCUAUGCCUCGUUCCUGAGCAUACCCAGCCUUGAGUGGAGGAUCUGUACGGUGGUGACAGGAACCGGGUGUGGCCUGCUGCUGCUUGUGGCCCUCACGGCACUCAUGGGCUGCUGCGUGUCAGACGUUAUAUCACGCACCAUCGGGCGAGUGGCGGGAGGGAUCCAGUUUAUGGGAGGCUUGCUGAUUGGCUCUGGUUGCGCUCUGUAUCCUCUCGGAUGGAACAGUGAGGAGGUUCAGCAGACCUGCAGCAACACCUCGGACCAGUUUAACCUCGGUUCGUGUGAACUCGGCUGGGCGUUUUACUGCACGUGUGUCGGAGCUGCUGUCACUGUGCUGUUGUGUACGUGGAUGUCCUGCUUCGCUGGGAAAAAACAGAAACACUAUCCAUACUGAGACAGCACACGCACGCGCGCUCACACACACACACACACACACACACACACACACACACCUCCAACAUGAAAAGUGGAACCUUCAUGUUUUAUGCCUCUUGAAAAUCCCUGAAAGAGCAACUUUCUUGCAUGACUGACCUUUGACCUUCCACCUUCCAAGGUGUGUCUUUUGAAUUUUUCUUUUUUUUCAGAGUGGAAAAGACAAUCUGCUCUUUAUUUACAAAACCAGGUUUAAUUUUUUUGGUUAUUUAAAGUAUAACAGUUGUUUUGUUUGUCCUCAGUGUGUCACUAAAGUUAUUCAGGUUACUGAUUUUUUUUUUUUCAGUUUUUAUUAGCUAUUGAUGAUGAUGAUGAUGAUGAUGAUAAGAUUAAAAAAUGGUAACUCUGCACAUUUUAUUUUAUUACAACCCCAAUUCCAAAAAAGUUGGGACACAGUACAAAUUGUAAAUAAAAACGGAAUGCAAUAAUUUACAAAUCUCAAAAACUGAUAUUGUAUUCACAAUAGAACAUUGACAACAUAUCAAAUGUCGAAAGUGAGACAUUUUGAAAUUUCAUGCCAAAUAUUGGCUCAUUUGAAAUUUCAUGACAGCAACACAUCUCAAAAAAGUUGGGACAGGGGCAAUAAGAGGCUGGAAAAGUUAAAGGUACAAAAAAGGAACAGCUGGAGGACCAAAUUGCAACUCAUUAGGUCAAUUGCCAAUAGGUCAUUAACAUGACUGGGUAUAAAAAGAGCAUCUUGGAGUGGCAGCGGCUCUCAGAAGUAAAGAUGGGAAGAGGAUCACCAAUCCCCCUAAUUCUGCGCCGACAAAUAGUGGAGCAAUAUCAGAAAGGAGUUUGACAGUGUAAAAUUGCAAAGAGUUUGAACAUAUCAUCAUCUACAGUGCAUAAUAUCAUCAAAAGAUUCAGAGAAUCUGGAAGAAUCUCUGUGCGUAAGGGUCAAGGCCGGAAAACCAUACUGGGUGCCCGUGAUCUUCGGGCCCUUAGACGGCACUCCAUCACAUACAGGCAUGCUUCUGUAUUGGAAAUCACAAAAUGGGCUCAGGAAUAUUUCCAGAGAACAUUAUCUGUGAACACAAUUCACCGUGCCGUCCGCCAUUGCCAGCUAAAACUCUAUAGUUCAAAGAAGAAGCCGUAUCUAAACACGAUCCAGAAGCGCAGACGUCUUCUCUGGGCCAAGGCUCAUUUAAAAUGGACUGUGGCAAAGUGGAAAACUGUUCUGUGGUCAGACGAAUCAAAAUUUGAAGUUCUUUAUGGAAAUCAGGGACGCCGUGUCAUUCGGACUAAAGAGGAGAAGGACGACCCAAGUUGUUAUCAGCGCUCAGUUCAGAAGCCUGCAUCUCUGAUGGUAUGGGGUUGCAUUAGUGCGUGUGGCAUGGGCAGCU